AUGGCUGAAUCCGCCCCCUCCCCCACCGCCGGUGCUUCUGCAUCCAGCAACCUGUCAUGGGCCACUGAUGACCAGGCCCUGGCCCAGACCUUUGAGCAGUUCGGCGCAAUCGAGAAGGCUACCGUUGUCAUGAGAGACGGCAGGAGCGCUGGCUUCGGCUUCGUUGACUUCAACGAUGACCAGGCCGCCAAGACCGCCAUCGAGGAGAUGAACAACUCUGAGCUUGAUGGACGCACCAUCACCGUUCAGGAGCGCGUCCAAAGAUCCGGUGGCUUCGGUGGUGGCCGGGGACGCGGUGGGUACAGCCGCGGCGGGCGUGGCGGGUACAACCGUGAGGGAGGUGGUGGCUACGGCGGCCGUGACGGUGGCUAUGGUGGUCGCGACGGUGGCUACGGCGGCCGCGACAACGGCUACAGCCGUGGCGACCGGGGAGACUCAUACCGCGGUGGCGGACGUGGAGGCGGUUGGGGACGUGACAGUGGCCGUGACAACGGCUACUCCGGUGGAAAUGGCAACCGUGAGGAGCCUUACUAA